ACAGGAAAGCUUGGAGGAAGAAGGAGGACGAUUGAGAAUAAAGGCGAGCAUCAACGAAACUGAAUUCCACCGAAGUGCGCGGUAUUUGAUAAUUCAACGGUGCGCAACGAGAAAGGUGCAAUGAGCUAAUGGCGUAACCGACACCGCGAGGCCCUGAAACCUUGGCCUCGAGUAUCCAUACCAGUCGUCAUAGCACCGAUUCUACCGCUUGCAUCGGUGCACGCUCGCUCGCGCGCGCGCGUUCUCCAAAACACGUCUAAAUCCGCGCGAGCGAGUGACGUGCUCGUCCUUCCCGACGACGACAUGUCGUUCCUGUUGAGUCGAGGUGGCCGAAAAGGGCCCAUCAUCUGCUUCGCUGGUCUUCUAUUGAUCUUCGCCCUUUAUCAACUGGGAAUCAUCUGUGGAUCGAUGAAGAACGUGCCCACUGCGAUAAUGGUUGCCAAAGAGAAAUACGUGGUUGGUCCAUUCGACCAUAAAAGGUACACCUACGAUCGUUACAUGCCGCUAAUUUUCAUCGGUGGUGUACCACGAUCAGGUACUACUUUGGUACGCGCCAUGCUCGACGCACAUCCUGAUGUCAGAUGCGGCCAAGAAACCAGAGUGAUACCACGGAUCCUCCAAAUGAGGAUGCACUGGCUCAAGUCCGAGAGGGAAAAUCUCCGCCUUUCGGAAGCGGGUAUUUCGAAAGAAGUGAUGGACAGCGCGAUAGCAGCUUUCUGCCUGGAGAUAAUAGCGCGACACGCGGAGCCAGCUCCGAGAUUGUGCAACAAGGAUCCCCUCACUCUGAAGAUGGGCUCUUACAUUCUCGAUCUCUUCCCAAAUGCCAAGUUUAUCUUCAUGAUCCGCGACGGUCGUGCCACCGUGCAUUCCAUUAUCUCGAGAAAGGUCACCAUAACAGGAUUUGAUUUGUCGUCUUAUCGGCAAUCUCUUAUCAAAUGGAAUCACGCGAUUUCCAUCAUGUACGGACAAUGCAAGGAAAUAGGAACGGACAAGUGUCUGAUGGUUCCGUACGAGCAACUGGUGCUACACCCUCGUCAAUGGAUGAAGAAGAUCUUGAACUUCCUCGACGUUCCUUGGAACGAGUCCGUGAUGCAUCACGAGGAGUUCAUUAAUAAACCAGGCGGAGUGCCAUUAAGCAAGGUCGAGAGGUCGUCGGAUCAGAUCAUAAAGCCGGUUAACCUGGAGGCAUUGACCAAGUGGGUGGGCCACAUUCCGGACGACGUGGUCAGAGAGAUGCCUGACAUCGCGCCGAUGCUUUCUGUCCUCGGCUAUGAUCCUUAUGCUAAUCCGCCGGUCUACGGAGCGCCGGACAGACUGGUUAGCGAAAACACGAGACGGGUGCUAGCAAAUGGAGAAGUAUGGGCAGCCAGGGCACGCCAGUUCUCCCUGGAGAAGCUAAUAGAGCUGAGCAAAGAAGACGAAGCUACUAACGCUCCAAACGCGUGACCUAGGAUACAUGUUCCCCUAGGCAUGCGGACUUUGAACCUGUACAAUUUCUGUGACGUCUAACGACGGUCCUGGAAGAGCCAGUUUCUAACAAAUAACCAGAAGGAGCAUUUUCUUCGUUUGAAAAUCGUUCUUGAACUCGAAAAGCCGUGCUCGACCGCUUCCACGAAGGGACUCGAAAACGACUAACUGUUACCUGGCGAACAACAGGGACGCGUCUAGUUUAAGAUUGAGCAUUAAGCGUGUAUAUACGCGUGGCAACCGAUGCUGUUGCAAAAAUGGUUGUUCUCUCUGUAUAUUUUAACCGAUAGACGUUUACUUCGAUUCAUACCGUGUACCUAAUCGUUCACGGUUACACUGUGUGAUUUAGCUUUGCUCGUUUGGAUGGACCGUGCGACGAAGAGCAUUCAAUUUGAUUCGUUGUGUAUAUGAGCGAAAGAGUGCGAGAGAUUCUGAUUGUUUCCAUUUUCUUUUUUACACCUUACCAUCCAGAAAACGAAUUUAUCCAUUAAGCUUUCAAUGGUUGAUAACUCAAUCUCCUCCUCGAUACUCCUUCCAAUUUUUACUUAUUAAAUUGAUCUGCAUACAGUGGGUAAUGUUUCAUCAUUGAUGGAAAUCGUUAGAUACAUGCUACUGUUGGAACAGUUUCUGUACAUUUCACUCAAAUGGCCAGUGAUAAGGAUAUAGAUUAUGGAGGUACAAAUACAGAUUAUGGAGGUCCCUUUUCUGUAAUGGUAUCUGCGAUUUCUGUACAUUUUGUUGUAACAGAUCUGAGAAAUAUUGAAAAUGAUGCGAGCUAAAGAUUUUAUACUAUAUUUGGUAUCUUGGUGAAAAUGAAUUUCUUUCUGUUAUAUUCUGUAUGAAAGGAAAGUAUGCCUUCAUGUGUGGUACUUAUUAUUGGUGAUUCAUUAAAUUGAAACUCGCCAGUUGUUUGAUUGUUCAGUAAUGAAAAGAGUCUGUACCGUGCUUUUCUUGUCUUUUUGGUUUUCUAAACUAGGGUCAUUUUCAAAACUGGCGAAAAUUGUUCUGUUCUGUGUUAAAUUGUUACAAACGUGUUUGUAAAUUGGCUCCGGGCGAGAGAAAUUAUAUUUGUACGCUAUCAAAACAUGUAAAAAUGUGGUGAAUUAACAUUUCAAAAUGAAACUAUCUAUCUGACGAACCGUUUUCUCGGUUUAUGUUUUUGUUAUGGACUGUCGAUAAAUGAUCUGCAGCAAGUGUUGCUGCAAGAAUUUGCUGUAACUAUAUUGAGAACAGUGUUAUUAGGUUUUGUCAAAUGGCACCUGAUACAAAUGCAACAACUUCAAUGUGGCAUUAUGUCAUUCGUGUCAACUAUACUCAUGUCUAUCGAAUUAUAUGAUUAAAUUAUUUUAAUAUUA